AUGGGUGCCUGUAUGAGUUCGAGCAAUGAGGAGGUGGACCAGAAGAAGAAGAGUCAGGCCAUCGACAAGAUCCUCGAGGAGGAUUCGAAACGAUUACGGAAGGAAUGCAAGAUCUUGCUUCUAGGUUCCGGCGAAAGUGGCAAGUCGACAAUUGUCAAGCAGAUGAAGAUAAUCCACCUCCAGGGGUAUUCAGAGGAUGAGCUUUUCAACUAUCGACCCACCGUCUUCAAGAACCUCGUCGAGUGCGCCAAGGCCGUCAUCACGGCCAUGCAGCAGUUCAACAUCGAACCACAAAAUGACGAGAACAAGACUCACGCAGAGUUCCUCAUGGAGUAUCAGGCCGAAUCCGGCCCCCAAGCACAAAUUGAUGCUCAGGUUGGCGUCGCCGUACAAUCAUUAUGGGAAGACCCAGCUAGGGAACUUCUUAUGGAGCACCAGACAGAGUUUUACCUCAUGGACUCGGCAGAAUACUUCUUCCAGGAGGUCUUACGAAUAGUUGCCGCCGACUACCUCCCCAACGAAAUGGACGUCCUCCGAGCACGAACGAAAACGACGGGGAUUUACGAGACGAGGUUCCAGAUGGGCCAGCUGAGCAUACACAUGUUUGAUGUGGGUGGUCAACGAAGCGAACGUAAGAAGUGGAUUCAUUGCUUCGAGAAUGUGACUUCGAUCAUCUUCUGCGUUGCUCUGAGCGAAUAUGACCAGGUUUUGCUAGAGGAGAGCAGCCAGAAUCGAAUGAUGGAGAGUUUGUUACUCUUCGACUCUGUGGUGAACUCGCGUUGGUUUAUGCGAACCAGCAUCAUUCUAUUCCUGAACAAGGUAGAUAUUUUUAAGCUGAAGCUGUCGCGGUCACCUCUCGGCAACUACUUUCCCGAUUAUUCUGGAGGCAACGAUGUCAACAAGGCGGCCAAGUAUUUGCUAUGGCGCUUCAACCAGGUCAACAGGGCCCAUCUAAAUCUGUACCCUCACUUGACACAAGCAACAGAUACAUCCAACAUCCGGCUCGUCUUCGCGGCGGUCAAAGAGACCAUCCUGAAUAACGCGCUUAAGGACUCUGGGAUUCUUUGA